AAAAAAAACAUAUCCGAAAACGUGGGUUUCCUGUUUCUAUGGUUACGUCAUGGCAGCAGAACGAGAGAACUAAACCACACGUAAAAAAGAGUGGCGGUCUGCCUUUUUUAUUUUCCAGUGUUUUUUUCCUUUUGUUACAAACCUUUUCCGGAUCGAUCAUCAUGGGACAAGCAGAAUCACAUCUCGAAGACAUGGUCAAUUCGACCAACUUUUCCGCCGAGGAGAUACAGCGUCUGUACAAACGCUUCAUGAAGCUCGACAAAGACAACUCGGGCUCGAUCGACAAGGAUGAAUUCUUGUCUAUUCCACAGAUCGCAAACAAUCCUCUGGCGUCUCGUAUGAUUGCCAUCUUUGACGAAGACGGAGGCGGCGACGUUGAUUUCCACGAGUUUAUCAAGGGAUUGAGUGCCUUUAGUGCACGAGGUCAAAAGCGCGAAAAACUUGAGUUUGCGUUCAAGGUGUACGACAUGGAUCGAGACGGAUACAUUUCAAACGGAGAGUUGUUCUUGGUGCUCAAGAUGAUGGUUGGCAGCAAUCUCAAGGAUAACCAGCUGCAGCAAAUUGUGGACAAGACGAUUAUGGAGGCAGACAAGGACAUGGACGGCAAGCUCAGCUUUGACGAAUUCAUCAUCAUGGUCGAGAAUACCGAUGUUGCAAAGCAAAUGACCCUCGAAAGCUUUUGAGUCAACCCUCUCUCUCCGCCACGUUGUUAUUACCCACAUGUCUCCCUUUCUCCUCUCAGCCUAACCCAGCACAUUCUCCUCCAUAUCAGCGCACGAUACGUACAUGCAUAUACAUUAUGCGUUUAUACAUACGAGGUUACUUUCCUCUCUCCCCGUCGUAUAUAGUAUAUUAUUUAAUAACUUCUUCUUUUGUUGUGUCAAUACACUUUUUAUCUACUGUCAUUUUGCGUGCCAUGUGUGUAACCCACUUGUACCACCUCUCUGUAAGAGUACG